AUGCAGGAGGCCGUUCAUUUGGGUCAGGAAUGCUAUCAAACUACCAUCCCUCCUAAAGAAUAUUACUGGCUUCUGGUAGUAGACAGAAAAGAAAAUUCUCCUGAAGGGCAAGGACUCACCUGCCUCUCAGAUCUCAACAAGAAUGGUUCCUCAGAAGGGAGCGACUCUAAAAAUAAUGAAUUUGGGAACAGAGCCAGAUAUUCCGACUUUGUUUUUUCUCAGCACAUCCAGAAAACAGAGAGACCUAUUGAUGGUGAUGUGCUUUGGAACAAAUGCAAACAGAGUUUAGAUAUGGUGACACAUCAUGUGGUGAAACCUCACAAGUCUACUGACAGUAGAGAAAAUGUACAUCAUUCUAGGCUGUCUGAGACCCCAAGGUGCUUCCGAGAAGAGAGACCUUAUAAAUGUGACAACUGUGAGAAGAGUUUCAAACAACGUUCUGACCUCUUUAAACACCAGAGAAUCCACACAGGUGAGAAACCCUAUGAAUGCCAAGAAUGUGGAAAAAGGUUCAGUCAGAGUGCCGCCCUUAUUAAACACCAGAGGACACACACAGGUGAAAAACCUUAUACCUGUUUAAAAUGUGGGGAACGUUUUAGACAGAGUUCACAUCUAAAUCGGCAUCAAAGAACUCACAAUGGAGAGAAAUACUACAAAUGUGAGGAAUGUGGGGAAACUUGCCAUAUUUCCAACCUUUUUAGACAUCAGAGACUACAUAAAGGGGAGAGACCCUAUAAGUGUGAAGAAUGUGAAAAGAGCUUCAAGCAGCGCUCGGACCUCUUUAAACAUCAGCGAAUCCACACUGGGGAGAAGCCUUAUGGAUGUUCUGUCUGUGGGAAAAGCUUCAGUCAGAGUGCAACCCUCAUCAAGCACCAGAGAACUCACACUGGAGAAAAACCUUAUAAAUGCCUUGAAUGUGGGGAAAGAUUUAGACAAAGUACACACCUUAUCCGACACCAAAGAAUCCAUCAAAAUAAAGUCUCAUCAUUUUGA